AUGCGCGCCUCCGUCGCCGCCGCUCUUUCGCUCUGCGCUCCGCUCUGGGGCUCCCGUGAGGAGAAGGCGGAGGAGGUGGCGGCGGCGGCGGCGAGGAGUCGCGGCCGGUCCGGCGGCCUGAGGGGACGACGGAGGAAGACGAGGAGGCGGCCACGGCUGCCGGAGGAGGAGGUGGAGGAAGAGGAGUGGGGGGGCGCCGUCGUCGUCGUCGACGUGGAGCGGCGCUGUGGGGCCUGA